UAUUUUAUGGUGAGUUGUAAGCAGCAAGCAUCUAGCCAUCCCAUCCCUCGUGUAUAAUCCUCGUUUAUAUUUUCACAUUUUCAUUCACUCAUAUUACACACACUUCCAUCACAUUAUCACCCUUCUUCCCAAACCAUGACUGACAGAGUCUACCCCUCUGCCACCAAACCCAACGGCACCGCCACCACCACCGCUCCCGCCGCCACCAACCACCACAACCAUCACCAACCCCUCCCCGUCCCCCCCGCCAAAGCCCCCCUCCGCCACCCCUACCGCCAAAACCCCCCUCACCCCGCCCCCCGCCACCGCCGCUCCCGCCGCACCCACUUCUGCUGCUGCUUCUGCUGGUCCAUCUUCAUCCUCCUCCUCCUCCUCACCAUCGCCGCCAUCGCCGCCGCCAUCGCCUACUCCAUCUACCGACCCCAACGCCCCACAUUCGCCUUCACCUCCCUCAAACUCUCCCAAUUCAACCUCACCACCGCCGCCGACGACUCCACCACCCUCACCACCAAGCUCAACCUCACUCUCUCCUCCACCAACCCCAACAAAAAACUCACCUUCUCCUACUUCCCCAUCCAAAUCUCCGCCAUCACCACCUCCGAAGUCCAAAUCGGCCAAUCCUCCUUCACCAAUUUCACCUCCUCCCCCAAAAACAUCACCUACAUCCACACAUCUCUCCGCAGCACAUCUCAAGUCCUCGACGCCGACUCCGUCGCUUCACUCCGAUCAGAUCUGAAGAAAAAAUCCGGGCUACCACUAAAAGUACUUCUCGACACAAAAGUCGUUAUAAAAGCCGAUAAUCUCAAGACCAAAAAGCUGGGGAUCAGAAUUAAGUGCGAAGGGGUGCAUGUCACAGCUCCCAAAGGUAAGUCUGCAUCAGUGGCUUCAGUAGGUAAAGCAAAAUGUAAAGUUGAUCUGAGAGUCAAGAUCUGGAAAUGGACAUUUUAAUUUUAGUUUUUUUUUAUUUACACCGAUUAAUUUGCUGUAAUCUUUAUUAAUUUAUUUUUUGUUUGCGGGUCCAUGGAACUCUGGAAUUCACAAAAGAAAUACGAUAUAUAUUUAUAUAUUGAGUUUGGUUAUUUUAAUGUUUCGAGUAGAUUGGUGGUGUAGAAUGUAGAUGGGUAUGGAUGUUUCAACAGGGUGCGUAGAGUUGUGAUGUGUAAUGAUAGUCUGUUAACUGGAUAUAUAUGAACCACAGUUUCUGCUA